GCUCCCUCUCUGCCCCCCUCCCUCGGCCCCCCCAGGCCCACACACGCACUGGGGAGGGGCCCCUCUCUGUGUGUCUCCCUCCCUCCCCCUGUUCUCUUAGCUGGGGGGGAUGGGGGGACAGGGUUCCAUUGAGGUGACCCCAACUCCCAGGAAGGCCCCUUAUUGUCCCCCUACCACCAUGUAAACAGGGGGGAAGCCUCACCACCACCACCCCCCACACACACACUGAUGUCAGUUACGGUGGGGGGGAGGGUUGUUUCUGGUGUUGCCAGCCCCACCCUUGGGCUUGUGCUGGUUACAGCUGGGCCUUGGUGUUCCCAAGAGAUCCCGGCUGAACUGCCCUGACUGUGUGUGUUCCAGGUGCUUGCUUGAAGCUAUAGACUUCUUACAAUGGGUGAAAGAAAAGGCGUGAAUAAGUAUUACCCUCCUGACUUCGAUCCAGCAAAGCAUGUCUCCCUUAAUAAAUACCGGAACAGCCACCCACUGCGAGAGAGAGCCCGCAAGCUCUCCCAGGGCAUCCUUAUCAUCAGGUUUGAGAUGCCCUACAACAUCUGGUGCGAUGGCUGCAAAAAUCACAUUGGAAUGGGUGUCCGGUACAACGCGGAGAAGAAGAAAGUUGGGAAUUACUACACUACCCCCAUCUACAGGUUUCGGAUGAAGUGCCACCUGUGUGUCAAUUACAUCGAGAUGCAGACGGACCCGGCCAACUGUGACUACGUCAUCGUGAGCGGGGCCCAGCGCAAGGAGGAGCGCUGGGACAUGCAGGACAACGAGCAGAUCCUCACCACAGAACACGAGGAGAAGAAGCAGCUGGAGACAGACGCCAUGUACCGGCUAGAGCAUGGUGCCAUGGACCAGAGCAAGCUGCAGAGAGCCAUCCCCACCUUGUCCAACAUCCAGGAGGCCCAGAGCGCCUGGAAGGACGACUUCGCCAUCAACAGCAUGUUGCGCAGGAAGUUCCGGGAGGAGAAGAAGAUUCUCCAGGAGGAAGAGGAGAAGGACCUGGCUCUGCAGACCAAGGCCAACCUGAGCAUCCCCCUGGUGCAGGAGACGGAGGAAGACCGGCGCCUGGCAGCCCUGCUCAAGUACCACAGCCUGGACUCUUAUGAGGACAAACAGAAGCUGAAGCGAACAGAGAUCUCUGGCCGCUCCUGGUUCCCCCCUGCUCAGGCUGCAGGUGGCAAAGCCACCGACACGCUUAAGAAGCUGGGGCUCGCUGGGAAAGUCAUGUCCCCGAAGGCGCUCGCUGGUGGCUCACACAUCACAAUCGGCCACUUGGGCAUUGUGCGCCGCAAAUCCCGGGAGGGGCCUGAGAGCCUGUGCAGCCCGGGAGAGAGCACAGAGCAUGGGGCACGAACUGGCGGGCAGAGCCGCGAUAGCGCAGCCCAUGGGACGCCCCAGCAGAGCUCCCCCGUGGCCAGCGGCGACGUCCUCCCUGCAGCGGGCACUUCCAGCACCUCCUGCUCCGCCAGGCUCAGCUCCUCUCUCGUGGCAGACUAUUCGAACUCCAGUUCUGAUUCUGAAGUGGACUGACACCCCCCUGCCCCCCCCCACCCCGGUUAGGGCUGGACUUAGGGGGCCCGAAUUGUUUCAAUGACUCUAAGCCAUAGACCCAGCCAGAAAUCUGGCUCCUCCAAGCCACAGUAGUGAUCCAUCCUUCUCCACAGAGCUGCCAGCCAGCCCUUCAAACACCCGGAGCAGCGCUGUUGAUACCCUUCCUGGUAUAACCCUGGAAAGGCAGAGCCUGUACCCUGUGUCUAUGAGAUUCCUCCCCCCAGGAUCGCAGGCAGGCUCCUCUAGUGUGGAUUCACAUCUGCCCCUCUGAUAUUUAUACAGUGCCCCUCACCCUUGUGUCCCGCCCCUCGUCCCCUGUAUCUGAUCCAUUAUUCCACUGUCCAUAGUAAAGGCAGGGCUUAUUUUAGUCUGUCCUCCAUUAAAUGCUGGCCGCAGCUGAUUAACCAUGUGGUUCGCUGACAACACGCACCCGGAUGGUUGUGAUGAACCUUCGAGUCUCUCCUGCUGCAUAGCAACAGGACUGGAGACGGGCAGUUAGCAGGGACUUUGCAGGGAAGGGAAUAGCUAAAAUGGAAACCCUCGCAAGCUGCUGAUAUAUUAAACCUGCUAAAUGCAGGGCUGCCACAGGACUUGUCUCCAGGUGACAUUUUCAAACACAGGUGUGACCUGAGAACCUACAUCCCAUUUUCAGAAAUGACCUAGACCCUCAGGUCUGCUUUACGUACAGAUCGUGUGCUGGUGUAACUGUCAGCCAGGACUGCCAUUUCUCUACUGAAAUAAUUAAAACCGUAGAACUCGC